ACCACGUGUCCAUGUAACUUGCUGCCCCGUGACGCAGAGAGGGGAAGGGACAGUUGGUUUCUCUUUCUUGAAAUUUGCUCCGUUUGUGGCUCUGGGUUUCCCCUCAGGCAUCAGAGCAGCAGAGAGCUCAGCACAGGGAGGGGCGGCUCUACCCUCUCCAGCUCCUGGCUCCCAGUCUCACCCCAUAGAGCUGCCGUUCUGACCCCUCCAGGGCGAUGGCUCCUUGGGUAAAACCUAUUUUGGCAUCCUUCUGGCUCCUGUCUCUCUGCUCUGUCGCCUUGGCUGGGGUUCACCGUGUCUCCCAUCUCCAGCUCAUCUCCCCGCAGGCAGCCCCCGGUCUGCCCAAGCGGCUGCAUGUGAUGAAGGUGAACGACCUGGUGGGCUCAGCCUAUGACAGCAACACCGGCAGGAUGGCUCCUCGCAAUGGGUACAGCCCGGGUGACCAGGAGACCCCUCAGUACUGGAGUGCACGCAGUGCUGCAUGCAUGGUCUGGGACUCCUGGGUAGAGACCAAGUACCAGGCCCUCGUGCAGGAGGUGAACACCAGCUCCCCACAGAGAGAGCCCUACUACAUGCAGAUCCUGAAGACCUGUGAGCUGGACGAUGCCACUGGUGCUGUCCGAGCCAUCACCAGAUAUUCCCUCAAUGGGGAGGACGUGCUGCGGUACCAGUCCGACCAGAACCGCUGGUUUUCGGAGAACCCGGCAGCCUGGCGAGUGGCAGAGCGCUGGAACCGUGAAGGGGAGACUUUUGCUGUGUGGAACCUCUUCCUGCCCCAGAAAUGCAGGUUCAUGAUCGAACUCACUCUGCCUUUCAUCGCUCAGAAGACAGCCCAGCCCACAGUGCGUGUGGCCCUCGUCCCAGGGACCCUGGACCGGCCGCGCCGCCUCAUCUGCCACGUUACAGGGUUCUAUCCCCGCGACAUCGAGGUGAUCUGGGAGCGGGGGGGCCAGGUGGCCCAGGGGGAGCAGCUGACCAGUGGCAUCCUGCCCAACGGAGACCUAACCUUCCAGAUCCAGGUGUCCAUUGAGCUGGGACAAGAGGCGGUUGGCCCUGCAGAGCACGUGUGUGUGGUGAGACACAGCAGCCUGGGGCGUGACUCGCUGAGGAUGACCUGGGAUUCCCAGGUCACAGGCCAGGCUGGUGUGCUGGCGAUCAUUGCUGGCUGCAUCCUCGCUAUGCUGGGAGUCGGGGCCCUGGGCUGGUACCUGAGGAGGAGGCUAGGGGCCCAGCAGGGGCUGUAUCACCCGGCACAGACACAGCCAGGGACUCUCUACUCUGCUCCAGCCACAGCUAAACCAGCAGGAAACUCCUCGUCCACAGCAUCUUCUUGCUCAGAUGCCACCGAGUGACCAGACUCAGAGCCGGCUGUGCCAGGGCCAUCGGAUUUGGCUGGAGCUACAUGGAGCAUCCCUGGAGAAGGGGAUGUGCUGGGGGAUCAAAUAUUGCUCAUUUAACGGAUCAAGUACUUCUACUGCUCGCUUCUGUUCAAAUGCUUAGUCAUGUUCCCACAGCAUCUCUCUGUGAGUUUGCUUUCUGAGCGACACACCAGUCCCGGGCAUCUUGGCUCCCCUGCCGAUUCCACCAAGCUGCCUUCAGUUUCACUGCUGCUCCACGUUGGCAGGCUCACACAUUUUAAAAGUUUCCUUCUUCAUCCCCCAUAAAGCCUUCGAGUAAUUUGUAACCAUUUCUGACCAAACCCCACUGACUGCAGACUGGUGAAAUUUUACACUUGGCAUGUCAAUCAACUAAAUAUUGUGAAACAAUAUUUUCAGUAGAUAUAACCCUAAGCUACUUGUUGGAUUUGUUUUUAAUCAAGGGCAUUUUAAUCUUUUAUACAAUUGCUUAGUUUUAAUACAAUUAUUCUUUUUCCAUUUACCUAUCACUACCAUAUAGGUUUUUACUUACUAAUGAUAUUUACUUGACACCACGGCUAAACAGAACUUUUGGUUAAAAGUGUUUAAAGGUGAAGCUCCAUUUCUUAUAUUCACUGAUGUGUCUUGGUGCCGGGUUGGUUUUUGCAUCCAAAGCACACAGCCCUGUGAAAAAGAAAACACAAGCCAUUGUGGCUCCUUGUGGGAGUUUCUUUGGGUUUUCAAUUAAAUAGCAUGCCUUGUAUACAGUUGUUUUGUCCAUUGCGGUAAACACUCCAUGUUUCAUGGGAAUGCACGUACCUUCCAUAAAGCAACCCUUAAAAAUCAUGUUAGCUGAUGUAGGGUCUGAAUGAGCUCUCCCCUGACAUCUAGUGACGAGCUGGGGAAGAAGACUUCAGGAGCCAACCUUGUUUGCAUUAACACACCCACGCUGCCUACGUGCUCAGCACGAGGGAGCUGCUUUGCCCAAAUGAUGACUUUCGGCUGGUGUUGGAUCACAAGUCACUUUGUUAUUGGGGGCGGGGGUACUAAAGGUUGUUUUCUUUGUUGUGUGAACCAAGGGCAGCAGAACUGUGCAUGGCAUACCCUGUGUGACACUCUGUACCUCAAAGUAGCACCCUGAAACUCCCAUAUUCACCACUGUCAUAUAAUUAUGAUAUGUGUCAUACAGAGUAUGCCGUGUGAGGUAUCAUUUCAAAAGUCUUGAUCUGUUGAACAUUAAUAUCCUGUUGGAUUGAUUGUGUGGGCUAUCAUUGUAUGUGGAGUUAUGAAGCAUUGCUCUAUCUGUCACUGAAAUAUGUUGUGAGGUUGUGAACACCCACAGCCAGCCUUUCAGUUACAACAAAGGAGUAGCCAUCACCAGCCAGAUGGGCUUUAAUGGCUCAUCAACACCCAAUUCACUCUCCCAGAGUCUUCUCAGAGAAGGCAUGUAUGCCACGGGGGUGGACUAACCAAGUCACAGAAAAGAUCUUUCCAGCAAGCUGGAAGAAAGUAUAAAAGAGGGAGAAUGACAUCAUCAUUUGGCCUCUCUCCCUCCACCCCCAUCUUAGCACCUGGAAGCACGCCUGGAAGAGAAAGACUUUGAACUGGGGAAGUUUGGUGCCAGCCUGGAGGUUGUCCUAGCCUGUGUAUUGAGGGAAUGUAACCUGCUUGUACCAUCUGUUAGGGUGCUUGGUUCAAAUCUUGCUUAGUCUCUUUCAAUUAGAAUUAGACUGCACAUUUAUUUUUGUUUCUUAGGUAACCAACUGUGAUCUCGAUGCUUGUGACUUAUAAUAAUUUAAAGUCUGUCUUUUUAUAGUUAAUGAAUCUGUAUUAUAUUUUAGCUAAAUCAGUGUGUUUUGGUUGAAGUGCUUGGGGAAUCCCAGCUCAGAUUACAAAGGCUGGUGCAUGUCCACUUCUGUUGAUGAAGUGGUGAACUAGGUAAUGAGCUUACCCUGGCCAGGCUUAUGACCAGUGUCAGAUGGUACAGUUCUGGGGUGCAAGACUGGGGAGUUGGGGGAAACUGGCUGAAGCCUCUCUAUUAAUGGUUCAUGAGUGGCUGGGAGAUCAUUCAUGUAACUCAGUUGGGUGUGUCCCUGCCUGUGUAUGUCUGUGUAAGUGCAGGGCCUGUCAGAGGUUUGUAGCUUGACCUCAGCAUCACAGUGUGAGAGGCAGCUCAGGUUGUUGGCUUUGGAUACCUCAGCAGUCCCACAAUCCAGGCUGUCAUACCCUGACUGAAGGACUCCCCCUCAACUAAACUGCAUCCGCUAGGCAAGGGGCAUGGGUGCCACAGCCCAGUGGAGCUGAAAGUGGGUGGGGACAAGUACUUAUACGGGGUGGUGUGGGCCCUCCCUAAGGGUCCUAGACAUCAUUUGACCCUUCCUCUCCCCACUGUGUAAUAACAGAGCUGAUUGAGACUCAAUGAAGAGUCUUGUUGCAGACCAAUAGGGCUGAAAUGACUGAUAACCAGACCUAAGCAUUAGGCCGGCUUUGGGACAGUGACUCUGAUGCAAGAGACUUCCCAGUCUGCACUAGCCAUGAGACUCCCCCACUAGCAGUUGAAAUCACUGAGAGCUGUGUUACGUGGUGGGACAUCAAUACAUCUAGAGGGUGCAAAGCAGAACAAAGAGGUGGGUAGCUGACAGAGCAGCCAUCAGGGUGGCAAGGGACCAGCAGGGUAGCUGGUGAGUGGCCAUCAGGGUGGCCGGCGGAGUGGAGUGCAGCGGCAAGUGACCGGCAGGGCAACCGGUGGGGUUGAGCAGUGAGCAUCGGGCAGAAUGGCUAAUACUGGAGUGAUUCCCUGGACAGAGGAGGAAUCAAGGUGCCCCCCCGCCGGGGUAGGAAGUGAACUCUACAGAGGCACCUUUGAACUCUGGGUCUUCACUGACUAUGGAGAACAACUGUGAGUGGAGUGCACUGGAGGAAUAAGGGAGGGGCAUGUUAAAGCAACAUUCGGUUGCUGGACGUAAGAACUUGAGGCAAAAGGACGCUGCCCAACGUACUCUAGGGUGGAUGUUUUGCUCAUGGUUUUAUUCUUUCAACUCCUGCUUGUGGCAUUUUCCCAAGUUAAUGCUGAGUUAUCUUCUCCCUUUUUAUUAAAAGUUUCUUUUCUACA